CAGUCGGGCGUUCGCAACGGGCGGUGGAAGGCGGCGGUGACUCUUGUUCUUCUUAGGCAGGCCCCGCAAAACCGCCAAGACGUCCGCCACCCACGUUCAGGGUCGCCUGCCUGAGAGCGGCACCCGGCGAGCGAAGGAAGGGACGAUGCCGGUGGAAACGGUGCAGACCAAGCCGUUCGAAGGCCAGAGGCCCGGCACGAGCGGGCUUCGAAAGCCAACCAAGACCUUCAUGCAGCCCAAUUACACGGAAAAUUUCAUCCAGUCCGUCUUCGACACGGUGGGGCCCGAGCUGCCGGGUUCCAUGCUGGUCGUCGGAGGUGACGGCCGCUACCUCGUCAAGGAGGUCACCCUCAAGAUCAUUCAGAUGGCCGCUGCAAACAAGGUUGCCCACAUCGUGGUCGGUCAGCACUCGCUCUUCUCCACGCCGGCCGUGUCGUGCAUUAUCCGCAAGCGCAAGGCCCUGGGAGGCUUCAUCCUGACCGCCAGCCACAACCCCGGAGGCAUCCACGCGGACUUCGGCAUCAAGUACAACAUCCACAACGGCGGUCCAGCUCCCGAGUCUGUGACGGAACCCAUCUACAAGGUGUCCCAGAGCAUCCGCGAGUACCACUAUUGUCCCGACCUGGUGCCCGACCUGAGCAAACUGGGCACACAGACCUUUGACGUCGAGGGCCGUCCUUUCAGCGUUGAAGUCAUCGACAUAGUCGCCGACUAUGUCGAGCUCGUGCAGCAGCUGUUCGACUUCGACGCGAUCCGCAAGCUAAUCAAGGGCCACGCCGGGUGUCCCCCUUUCCGCGUGCUCAUCAACAGCAUGCAUGGUGUGACGGGGCCGUACUGCCGACGCAUCUUCUCUGAGCUGCUGGGCGUGCCCAUCGAGAACAUCCGCAACAGCGAGCCUAGUGUCGACUUCGGCGGCAAGCACCCGGAUCCGAACCUGACCUACGGCAAGGAAACGGUGGAUGAGAUGAAGAAUGGGCCUUUUGACUUCGCCGCCUGCUUCGACGGCGAUGGGGACCGCAACAUGAUCCUCGGCGCCCAUGCCUUCUUCGUGACUCCCUCCGACUCGCUUGCCGUGAUAGCAGACAACAUGCACGUCAUCCCGUACUUCCAAGCGACUGGCAUCCGGGGACUGGCCCGCAGCAUGCCCACCGCGGGCGCUGUUGACCGUGUGGCCGCGGCCAAGGGACUGCCCAUUUACGAGACGCCCACUGGAUGGAAGUUCUUCGGCAACCUCAUGGAUGCCGGACGACUGUCACUCUGCGGAGAGGAGAGCUUCGGCACUGGCUCCGACCACGUCCGGGAGAAGGACGGCGUGUGGGCGGGCUUGGCUUGGCUGUCGAUUCUGGCGUACAGCGGCAAGGGUGUACAGGACAUGUGUGAAGACCACUGGGCGCGCUACGGGCGCAACUUCUUCACGCGCUACGACUACGAGAAAUGCGAGUCUUCCGCCGCCCACCAGAUGAUGCAGCAUGUCGAGGAGCGCAUGAAGGACCCGGCCUUCAAGGGACGCCGCUUCCUGUGCGACGGACGCACCUACACCGUCGAAAAGUACGACAACUUCAUGUACACCGACCCCAUCGACGGCUCCACUGCGGCCAAGCAGGGCCUACGCAUCGUGUUCACCGACGGCUCGCGCAUUGUGUACCGCUUGAGCGGCACUGCAGGCGCUGGUGCCACGAUUCGGGUCUACAUCGACAGCUAUGAGCCAAACCUUGAGAAAGCCAGGGAAGACUCGCAGAAAAUGCUGCGUCCCCUGGUGGCCAUUGCCCUCCACAUCUCGGACAUCAAGAAGUUCACCGGGCGCACUAAGCCUAGCGUGAUCACGUGAGCGUGAAGGCCCCGGCGUCACCUCAACAUCACUUCCCACCGCCGCCCCGCUUGCUCAAGGGGCACAGCUAGUCUAUACUUUCCCGGUGACAAGACUACUCUGCGCAAAGCUGCCAAAAAUUUAAACAAGUUGUGGCGAACGGCGACGGGCAUCGGAUGCUGCGUGCAGAGCACCAGCGUUCCGUCCAUGCUCGCCAUGGUCCGCGGCCACACUUGGUUCUCUGUCAGGCAAUAAAACCUGCUUAUUUGGAA